AUGGACGAUGCACUUUGGACUCGAUUCACUCGUCUUGAUCACUUAGUUAUUGAAGAAAAUCUGAAUACUGUGUUCGAAUACAUCGCUACACGUCUUGAUUUAUCAUAUAUAACUAGCUUUUCUUAUAAUCGAUCGGAUAAUGAAACACCAAGCAAUGACUUUUUACGAAUACUUCAUAAUUUACCACAACUACGCUCACUUAGCUUAACUGUAUCGACUCUCCUCUUUCUUUUUGAUCGUAAAUGGCCUAAAAUUGUCAAUCUCAAUAUUAUGAGUAGUUAUCCAUUUCCAUCAGAACCAUUAAUAUCCGUCCAGAUCGAUUCAUUUUGGCGUUCGUUUAAUCGUUUGGAAACAAUGUCAUUUUGUCGUGAAAGUAUUCAAGAUGUAGCACGAUUAUUCGAUAACAGAGCAAUGACACUCUCAACUAAUGCAUUAAAUCAAUUAUACUGUACUAAAGAUUAUCAAACUAUUGGUAAAGAUUUAGUUAUUGAUAUAAAAAAUAAUAAAACUAAAGGAAAAUAUAUUAUAUCUUAUGGUCCUUGUUCACAUAGUAGUGUAUUUAAUGAAGUUUCUGCAGAAAAAAAGAGUAAUUAA